AUGUCACCCGCUCUAAGUCACCUUCACAAUCUCAAGCGAUCACUGACUACCAAAGGGGGUCGCUCCAAACCUACUCCACCGCCAAGGAAUACCCCUCCACCCGUCACCACCACCACCCAAAAUGUACCAUAUGUCAACCCCAACCCAUCCAGUACUUUUGUAAACACUCUUCGAAUCAUCUCAUUAGAAGCCGGACGAAGGCAAUAUGGAGAUUUGUAUGAUACCUUUUUUUACCAAGACAAAAAAUGUAGAGACCGAGCAAUCUUUCUUGCUUGUCGUUUAAGGCAAAACUAUGACGUCUUGUUUGAAUGGAACUCUAAUCCUCAACUCAAGGAUGAUUUCAUUGUUGCUGUCUGUUCGCGGUUUUACGCCUACAAUUAUAUUAUGUAUGCUGUUGAUCACCAAUCUCCUAUACGAGCGAGAUUUUUAUCCAACUUGGAUGAUGAUCGACAACGUCUUGGCGUGUCCGAACAUGCCGGUCGAGAAGCUGUGUUCGCAGUCGCUCAUGUCUUACAAAAGAUGUUCGGACAUAUGGACAUGGAUGUCGUUGAACGAGCAAGACAAGCAUUAUCCAAGUGCUUGGAUAGUGAGACCAAACUGAGUCACGACGAGCGAUCCAGCAUGUAUUUAUUCCACAGUAUGAUGAGCGGUAUGAAAUGGGACACUCGUGACUUGUCCGUGACCGUCGAUGAAGAUCCUCUGAUCACCCAAGAAAUAUUACAAGUACGAGAGAGCUUACUGGAGCGACCCGAACCAUACCAGAAUCCAUUCGAAGAUGCAUCGGCUAUUGUUCAGGAGGACGACAAAGAUGAUGUCACUCACCAUAAAAAGGUCGACAGUGGCUAUUACGAAUCGUUCAACUAUAGAAAAUGA